AUGGCGGCCAGAGAGGGUUUGCGUUUAGGUCAAGCUCUUCUUCGCCGUGCGGCAUUUAGACCACAGACUUUGAUAGGGAUUAGAAAAGGUAAUUUUUUGAUGACUUAUCACACAAUUGGUCUGAUUUGGUUUAUGGCUUAUGCCAGAAUUUCCUGAAUUUUCACUUGAAAUAAACACAUUUGUUCAUAUAAAUAUAUAUGUAUAUAUAUUGCAGGCGUGUCAACAGAACAUCAUUUAAACUUAAAAUAGUGAAGCGUAGAUCGGAUCACCGGGAGAUGAUCACAAAUCUAUUCUUUCGGUUUUCAAACAACUUCAAGGCUCGUACGUUUUUAUCUACGUGGAAAGUUUCUACGUCGUUAAUAUUGUUUUGUCGGAUCCGGAGCAACGAUCAAAUACAGGAUCGCUUUUAUAUGAAGCUGUAUCACUGUUGUUUCUGCUUGGCUUCUCAGUUAAGAGAUUAGUGGAGAUAAGCGUCGACAUAAGAUUUUGGGGUAGUUUACGUGAAGAGAAGUUAUGGACUAUGAUGAAGCUUUGGUGUUACAGUCUUGCAUGUAGUUUGGAAGUAAACUUAUUCUAAAAGAGCCCUGCAUAUCCUUUACAUGAAGAUUUGUAGUUUGCCAGUUCUCGUUAAAUAGACCAAUGUUGACAGUUUAAAACUUAGUUUUACUCAACAAGGGUCACCCUGCAGCUCUGUGGAGUAAACAAACCAUCAAAUUUGUGAGACUUACCACAAAUGAUCUUUUGCUGUUUUUAAAUGUAAAUAUUGGUCUUUGAGAUGAGAUGAAAUUUUUACCUCCAUCUCACAUAAUUGACUUCAUCAACUAUUUUUGAAAGUUCUAGCCAUUCUAUUCAUACUCUUGUCAAGCAGACAACUGAGUUGACUAGAUAAUUUCCUUAAGUCUUGGAAUGCAUCAAAAGCUUGAGAAUUUGAUUAGUUUGUUAAUCAUUUUCUGUGAAAAGAGAAAAGUUUCCUUCCUAUUUAUCUAUUCAUUUAUGAAUUUACUUUCCAUUGUGCAGCCAGUGAUGAUCAUAUAAAGUAUCCUAUCCCAACUCCGGAGAAUGAUUGGAAAAAUUUUCAUCGUCCAUGGCCAGAUGAUGGGUAUGCCCUGGGGGAUUAUCCUAACCUCCCAGAGAUUUGCAAUCAGAGAAGACAACAUUUAGGAUGGUGGGAUGUUCAAGAACGUAGAAACUACAAUGAGCCAGUGAGUGUCUUGACACUAGUACAAACGAUACCAUAAUCAUGUUGUUUUAACCUCUGUCAGUGUUAUUUAACAUGGUAUAUGUAGUUUUUGGUAGUGCUUUGUAAUUCUUGUUGUAACUUAAAAUUUAUUCUUCAAUGGUGGACACAUGUAAUCUUAAAAUAAAAUCUAUACCUAUAUAAAUGUAUUCCUUGUUCUAUUACUUUUUUUUCUCUUUUGUUCUAAAUUGUUUAUCUUCCUUUAAAAUUCUUGUAUGGAAGAAAGGGAUGCGAAAAAAGGGGUGAGAUGAAUUUGAAUAACAACUGUACAGAUGGAGUGGUACUGCCACAAUAGCUUGUCAAUAUAUAAUUAUACUACAAAUGAAAAUCAAAAACUUAUGGAAAAGAUUUCUGAUAAUGUAAACCUUGGGUCAUGUAUGUAACUGUUACUCCUUUUGGAUUGUUGAACUGGUUUGAACCCUUAAGUUGAGAAGAUUUUUCAAGUUAUUAAAUGUUUCUCUUAAUUUCCAUAGAUACAUAUGGAUGAAGAUGCACUUAAUGUUUGGGUGUGGAGUGAGGUGACAUGUAAUGACAGAUACACACCGUAAGUAUAGUCUCAGUAAUUUUCCAGCGCUUAAAGCUGUAAAUUGACUUCCAGAACCAUUGAGGGGUUUCAGGGGUUUUGAAGGGGUGUUACAGCUGUAUUUGUUGCCUCAUACCAUUGAAAUGAAGGGUUGUAUUAAGGAUUUUGGUACCUGGGAUUAUCAGUCAUUUGUUUACAUUGAUGAAACAAAUCAUUAAAUUUCUUGUUCCUAAUAAAAAUCUUCAGGGGUGAAAUUCUGAUGCAGUUGGGUAUUGCCACAGCCACUCUUUGCUUUGUUGGAUACCUCUCUUACCUCUAUGAUCAAACAGACAGAAACCCUGCGGUAAGAGGCUAUUGUAAUCACACGAUUUUGGUGUGGUUUAAAAUGCUUUUUAAUUUUAUUUAAUUGCUUUUGCUCGAGGAUUAUACCUGGAGUUCUAAACCAAAAGAUUAAAUAUUUGAAAGUAAUCACAAUCAACAAGUACAAUAGGUUCACUCCAGAAAUACUGGCAAUUUUAUUUUAUAUUUUUGCAAUUAAAAAUAUAUAUUUAUAUAUACAUAUCUAUGAGACUGAUUGGAACACUUUAGUAUAUCCUGAACUAGUUUGUGGAACAAACUCUUGAUCUUUUGAUCAAGAGGGUGACCAACAUCUAAUUUCUUCUUACUAAAUCACCCUGGAAAUACACACAGAGAACAAGGGAAAUGGUCUCCAAUUAAGAAGCUCAUAAGUUUUAAAACAAAUUUCCCUUGUCAUUACCAUAGAAAAUAUGUUGAGAACAGCAUGGAGGGUGGAAAGGGUUAAAAGCAUCACUCACUAUUUUUUCACCCCUAUGGAAAGGCAAAGUCUGAAAUUUCACAGUCUGAUAUUUUUAAGAUCUUAAAGCAUUUGGACAGUUUGUCUGCAGUGUGAUUGUUGUGGUUUAAAUGUUUCCUUGGUUUACACAUUUUAAAACCAGUUAAAUUUUUUUUAAUUUCCUUUCUUCUCAAAUUAUGCUGAUUUAUGAAAGCAAUUGAAAACUCAAAUUAGCUGGAAAAAUUUAGAACCAAAGAAAUAUUUGAAUCAAAACAUUUACAUACAUAGGUGCAAGUGAUUUUCUUUGAAGGAUUAUCACAGAUUCAUUCUGUUCAUGUAUGUGUGUGGACAAUCUUACUACAGUCACAAAUUUCUCUCUCUAUUGGCUGCAGAUUAUCAUUGCACAUGGAUUUAGAUGAAAGUAGUAACCCUAACUUAAAAUAGUUCUGUUUGAUAAUUUUGGAAUAUUUUAUAUUUCAGGUUCCAAAGGAAUACCCUUUUAACAAUCUGUACCUUGAGCGAGGAGGGGACCCAGAUAAAGACCCAAGUGAGGAAGUCUUGCAUCCAGACCAGAGAGUCAUUCCACGUAAUCUGUAUGGAUCUUAA